GAUUCUGCCUGACUUGUCCGGAUCGUGUAAUGUUUUGAUUUGUUGAAAAACUAAAAUUUUAUACUGGACGGUUCAUCAUCUAAAUUAACUUUUAAUGUUUGCGGGUUCCGAUUACUUUCGGCAAUUAGCCGCAGCAAACGAUGAUUCAGCGGAGAUCUGCGUCAAGGAGGAAUCAGCGGAAAGUACGAGCAAUGGAGGUAAGGCGGAUAAGCACAAAUCAAGAAAGCCCCGGAAGGCCUGGCAAGGUGAAACGUACACCACAGUGCAACUCCAGCUGGCCUACGAAGCGGUACAGAAUGGCAUGAGUAUGUAUCAUGCCGGCAAAAUGUACGGAGUUCCAAGGCCCACUCUGCAGUACCGCGUGAAGAAUAAUGUAUCCAAACCGGAUGUAAAACCGGCCCGAAAUGUUAUCUCAGCCAGACUCAGGAGUUGUCCAUGGUGGCUUCGCUGCACGCCCUGGCCGAUGCCGGUUUCACCGUUAACUACAAACUGAUCCAGAUCUUCGGUACGGAGUACGUCAAGGCGAACGAAGAACAGUUUCCCGAAGGUAUCCCGUUUCGGAAUACGAAACCAAGCUUUACAUGGGCUAUGUAUUUUUUAAAAAGACAUCCCGAUUUAGCGGAACGAACCACUACCAGGUCUGCUUUUGUUGCGUCCAAACGUUUGCCCGAAUGGUUUGGAUGCGUUUCGCAAUAUCUGACAAAGAUGGGCUUGCAGACUGUUGUUCAAAACCGCCGACAGGUGUUCACGAUGGACGACGUUGAACUGAAGAGAGGCAAAACCCGCAAAAACGAGAUCACCUUCACUUGCCUCUUCGGGGCCAACGCCAACGGAAAUCUACUUCCUCCUUUGAUUCUUUACCCACAUACAUUCACACUGCCGACUCAGAAUAAGCAAUCGGAGUUGAAAUACGCAGUUGCUCAUCAGGAUACCAAAUUGACUGUGGGAAAUGCCCUGUACCAGUGGCUUACGAGGGUAUUUCAACCAUGGCUGAUCGAAGAAAACGUUCCUCGGCCGGUGAUUCUCUUCCUCGACGGCCAUCGCCACCAAAUGGGCUAUUUGAGCAGCCAAUUUUGCCACCAGCAUCAAAUCGUCCCCAUAUCACUUCUUCCGCGUGUUAUCCACUUGCUGCGACCUCUGAACGAAAUCCUGUUUGUGUCGAUAGAAAAACUGUGGCACGAAGAGAUGCAAAACUCUAGCACAGGCAGCUUCACAACCAUGGACCCGCUGCUGACACCGGUUCUGGACCGACUCACCGACACCGCCGAAAGCAUCAUUCGUGAUGGCUUCCUUCGCAGUAAAAUCUAUCCCUGGGACCCGGAAGGUUGUAACACGGUGGACGUCACACAGCCUCAACCGGACGAAAAUCGGUCAAAGUUGGUUCUGUUUCGAAGGAUGCUCGAGUCACGACUAACGGCUCAUGAGCUGGGCGAGUUCAAAGCAAGGCGACAUGACGAGGAGUGGCGGGGACCGGUUGAAUAUGCCAGUUUGUUCCAGGUGUGGCGCGAGUUGAUGGAUGAAAUCGACUCCGUUGAAACUGGGGCAUGUUCGGAUAUGGACACGACACAGGAAGGAGAUGGAUGUAGUGUUGAGCCGGAUUUGGUAGCAGUUAAGGAGGAAGAAACUGGCGAAUGUUUACUGGACUUUGUGAAAGAAGAACCAAGUGUCGACUGUGGCGAUUAAUAAAUUAGUCCGGAAUUCUGUAGUCAAACAUCUGAUCCUAAAUAAACAUGUAGGGGAAAUAUGCCCAUUUUAAGCCUAAU